AUCAGCGUGGGUCCACCUAAUCAACGGUUGGAAAUCUUCCUAAUCUGGGUCACCAUGCAUACGUGUCGGUGGAGAUGCUAUGAUUACAAUCGUUUGUUUUUCUCACUGAAUUUAAAGCUCCUCUCUCUUUGUUUCCUUUGCUUGGAGGGAGAAAGAAGAAAUGAAGCAGAGAAACUGAGUUUGGAGCAAAGAUGUUAGGUUCUUCUUCAGGUCUAUUGCCAGCACCUCCUUUGUUGCCUUCUGUGGCUAAGAAUUCCAAAUGGGCUAUAAGGUAUAAAAGAUGCACUGCAAAAGAGAAGCCAGUUAGACUGCCUUCUGGGGGGUCUAAGAAAUUGCUUUGUCACAGCAGAUUUUGUUUUCCAUUAAGAAUCUCAAAUAAUGAUAGGGUUCGCCAUGGUUUUGCUAUAUCAGCGGUUUUGACAGAUGACCCAACCAUGACAACCGUUGGGGAUGGCAUGGAAAAUAUCGGUCUUGUAAGCAUUGAUCCUGGGUUGGAAUCAUUUAAAGAUCACUUCAGAUAUAGAAUGAAAAGAUAUGUAGAUCAGAAAAAGCUCAUUGAAAGAUACGAAGGAGGUCUUGAGGAAUUUGCACUUGGAUAUCAGAAAUUUGGAUUUAAUAGAGAUGAAGGAGGCAUUGUCUACCGUGAGUGGGCCCCUGCAGCUCAGGAAGCACAGAUUAUCGGGGACUUCAAUGGAUGGGAUGGCUCCAACCACAGGAUGGAAAAGAAUGAAUUUGGUGUUUGGAGUAUUAAAAUACCUGAUUCUGGUGGAAAUCCAGCAAUUCCUCACAAUUCAAGGGUCAAGUUCCGAUUCAUGCAAGGUAAUGGAGUUUGGGUUGAUCGAAUACCUGCUUGGAUUAAAUAUGCCACUGUGGACCCUGCAAGUUUUGGAGCACCAUAUGAUGGUGUGUACUGGGACCCACCAACUUCAGAAAGGUAUGAAUUUAAGUUCCCGCAGCCUCCCAAACCCAAUGCCCCACGCAUAUAUGAGGCUCAUGUUGGAAUGAGUAGCUCAGAACCCCGUGUUAAUUCCUACAGAGAAUUUGCUGAUAAUGUUUUGCCUCGUAUACGAGCAAAUAACUACAACACAGUACAACUAAUGGCAGUAAUUGAGCAUUCCUAUUAUGCAUCAUUUGGUUACCAUGUUACAAACUUUUUUGCUGUUAGCAGCAGAUCUGGAAAUCCUGAAGACCUCAAGUAUUUAAUUGAUAAAGCCCAUAGCUUGGGUCUACGUGUCCUGAUGGAUGUUGUCCACAGUCAUGCAAGUAACAAUGUCACUGAUGGUCUCAAUGGUUUUGACAUUGGCCAAGGUGCUCAAGAGUCCUAUUUUCACACUGGAGAUCGAGGCUACCAUAAUUUAUGGGACAGUAGACUCUUUAAUUAUGCUAAUUGGGAAGUUCUUCGCUUCCUGUUAUCCAACUUGAGAUGGUGGCUUGAGGAGUUCAAAUUUGAUGGGUUUCGAUUUGAUGGAGUAACUUCCAUGUUGUACCAUCACCAUGGAAUCAACAUGGCAUUCACGGGAGAUUAUAAUGAGUACUUCAGUGAGGCAACGGAUGUUGAUGCUGUUGUUUACUUAAUGCUGGCUAAUUAUCUGAUACAUAAUAUCUUGCCAGAUGCAACAGUGAUUGCUGAAGAUGUUUCUGGUAUGCCUGGACUUGGUUGUCCAGUCUCUGAGGGGGGAGUUGGAUUUGACUACCGCCUGGCAAUGGCCAUCCCUGACAAAUGGAUUGAUUACUUGAAAAACAAGAGUGAUCUAGAGUGGUCAAUGAAUGAAAUCUCCCGGAGCUUAACUAAUAGGAGAUAUACUGAGAAAUGUGUUGCUUAUGCCGAGAGCCAUGACCAGUCCAUUGUAGGUGACAAGACUAUUGCCUUCAUCCUGAUGGAUAAAGAAAUGUAUUCUGGCAUGUCUUGUUUGACAGAGGCUCCACCUGCUGUUGAUCGAGGGAUUGCUCUUCAUAAGAUGAUACAUUUUAUAACUAUGGCACUAGGUGGCGAGGGAUAUCUUAAUUUUAUGGGAAAUGAAUUUGGGCAUCCUGAGUGGAUUGACUUCCCCAGAGAAGGCAAUGGAUGGAGUUACGAAAUGUGUAGACGCCAAUGGAAUCUUGCGGACAUGGAACACUUAAGAUACAAGUUCAUGAAUGCAUUUGACAGAGCUAUGAAUUUGCUUGAUGAAAAAUAUUCAUUCCUAGCAUCUACGAAGCAGAUUGUGAGCAGUACAAAUGAAGAAGAUAAGGUUAUUGUCUUUGAGCGUGGAGAUCUGGUUUUUGUGUUCAAUUUUCAUCCGGAGAAAACAUAUGAUGGGUAUAAGGUUGGGUGUGACUUGCCCGGGAAGUAUAGAGUUGCACUGGACAGUGAUGCCUUGGAAUUUGGUGGACAUGGAAGAGUGGGCCAUGAUGCAGACCAUUUCACAUCUCCUGAAGGGAUACCAGGAGUACCUGAAACAAAUUUCAACAAUCGUCCCAACUCCUUCAAAGUACUCUCGCCAGCCCGCACAUGUGUGGUUUACUAUAGAGUCGAAGAAAGUGAAGAGAGCCAUGAUGAUGAUGAUGAGAUGGGCUUGAAUGAGAUAUUAGCUGCUGAUGUUAUACCAGAGCAAGAGGAUGUUGAAGAAGCUGCCAGUCAGGCUAAGGUCGGAAAACCACACUUGGUGGAUGGUGAUGGUGAUGGUAGUGGACUUAGCAAGACAGUAGACUUUGAAGUUGAAGAUAUGGGGGAUGAUGCAUCGGAUGAUUAAGAAUCUUCAUCCAACAUCGGAUUACACCUCUUAAUUUUCACCAUAAGAAUAACUAGGUUUAUAUGAGGCUUCCUCGAUCAUUCUGAAGAGAUUUGUAUGGCUCUUGUACAGUUGUACAAGUAUGCUGCUGUAAAUAAAUAAGAUUGCUCUUAACUACACUGGAGGCAAUAAACCUGUGAAAUAUUCACAUGUGUGUGUGUAUACAUCAAAUAAAUCAUUGUAGUAA